AUGGAGCUCAACUCGUCAAAGGCGAAGGAAAGGGCUCACCACAAAUCGUUGAACCCGCAGGUGAACUCUGUCUGCCACUGCGCGCAUCUGAGGCUGAAGGGCCCGCUGCACGUCGAGAAGCUGCGCGAGCUGCUCAAGAGGGUGCGCACGACGGUGCCGGGCCUCAUCGAGCUUCACUUUGGCGAAAGCAUGAAUGUCUCCGCGAGCAGCGCCGACUCCGCUGAGGGCAACACGCACGCCCUUUUCAGCCGCCACCAGAACGGGCAGUACCUCAAAAUGUACAAGACCCACCCGGCCCACAUGGAUCUCAUGAACUAUCUAAUGAGCAGGGCAGAGCGCCCGGCGACAGUAGUCGACUUCGUCAACGUCGCUUCAAGCCUUUGA